CUUUUUCACAACUGGUCGGCAGAAUUUUCCAAAAACUUAUGAGGGUUUAUUCAAUUCAUUUCUCAAAUGGGUUCAUAUUAUGAAACGUGAAAAUCGACUAAUCGUCUAAUCGAUCUCUUUUCAGGCGAACCAAUCAAAACUUUUCAUCCAUCCAUUCAGAUGGGUUUUUUUGCACAACACAGACUAUUCGAUAUCACCAGACUUGUUCUUCGGAAUAGACAGCAGAGUUUUUUUCAUCGACAAACACGAUUCGAGUUACCGUAUCAAAUCGCUGUACAAGAUCGUAGAAAAUACCAACACAUUCAUAGAGAAUGACAUUGCGAAAUGGAUACCCGAUCAAGGUUUUACGAAAUUGAACGUACUGAGCGAGCCAAAAAACAGGAGCGAUUUGAUGGGGACUGUCCUAAAAAUUUGUUAUGUGGUCACCAAUAAUGACACAUUAAAUCACCUAGAGGAUUAUAGAAACAUACAUAUAGACCCGAUUCCCAAAUUGAGUUGGAAAUUAGUAAACCAUGCUCUGAUGACGAUUUUGAACGCAAGUUCAAUAAUUGAUUUCAAAUCCACCUGGGGUUAUAGAAAUUCAACUACAAAUAUUUUCACGGGCAUGAUUGGAGAUGUACAGACAGGGAAGGCUGAUUUGGGAGGUACACCAUGCUUCUUCACAGCCGACAGAAUGGACAUACUAGAAUUUUUCGCUCCCAGUGCCCCGACCCACAUGCGAUUCAUAUUUCGAGCUCCACCCCUCAGUUACACCACCAACAUUUUCACCCUUCCUUUUCACACGUACGUGUGGUACAGUAUUUUCUUAUUGCUGGGCAUAAUUUUUUUCGUCACGUACGUGAUAGUGAAGUGGGAGUGGAAAGACCCUGUUUUCCGGAGGAAAAUCGAGGAAAUGCAAGAAAUCUCCGCGACUCCGAUGCCGAUCAAUGCGACCUUCGUCGAUGUUUUCAUGAUGGAAAUGGGGGCUAUUACACAACAGGGAACAGAUUCCGAACCGAAAAGCAAUUCCGGCAGGAUCGUUACGAUUUGUACAUUCAUAGCCCUGAUGUUCAUAUACACGUCUUAUUCUGCGAAUGUAGUGGCAUUGCUUCAGUCAACUACCGAUAGCAUAAGGACCUUGGAGGACCUGUUGAAUUCCAGAAUAUCACUCGGAUUUGACGAUGUCGUUUACAUCCAUCACUACAUCAAGACGAUAGAGGAACCAGUAAGAAAAGCAAUUUACCAGCAAAAAAUAGCACCAAAAGGGGAAAAACCACACUUCAUGAAUCUCGAAGAAGGUAUGAGUAGGGUGAGGAAAGGUUUUUUCGCUUUUCAUGCUGAGCUUUCCACGGGUUACAAAGUGGUGGCCGAUACUUUCCAGGAGCACGAAAAAUGCGGAUUGAAAGAUAUCGAAUAUUUCACUACCUUGACUGCACCUUGGUUUACUAUGAGAAAAAGGUCACCAUACAAGGAGCUUCUCAAAGUUUCAUUUCAGAAAUUUCACGAAUCGGGCACUAAGAACAGGGAAAUUGGGCGAUUAUAUAUUAAGAAACCAAUUUGUCACAACAAAGGUAGCAGUUUUGGCAGUGCAGGGUUUUUGGACUGCUAUGCAGCUUUUUUGAUAUUUGGCAUUGGUGUUGGUUGUAGUCUUACUGUAUUCUUGUUGGAAAUCUUAUCAAUAAAAUAUCUUGAGAAUAGAAGGAAAAUAUGAUGUUAUCUUGAAGCAUUAUUCAUUUGAAUCAGUUCUAAUCUAACUUCAGGUAGAUAUUAGAUAUAUGAAACAUGUUACAUUGCUUUUAGGAUUAAAUAG